AUGCUAAAGUGAACAAUGAACGAAUCUAAUGAAAUUGACUGUGUGCUAGACGAGCAGCUGUUGUCAAACAUAAAAAGCAGUGAAAACGAGCUGGAGGAAGUACAGGACAUGGAACUUAAGAGCACAGCACAAGCUGAUGACGAUCUACAUGCUUAUUCGGAUCCACUGCAGGAAACAGCAGAUGUCGUGUCAAACUUUCCCUGGCUGUUUAAGGAUGAAGAUAUACUGCUUAGUGAGGAGCAACUAUCGGAGGCGUUGCUUAGACCUGCUAAAAUGCGCGGAAAACGAGGACGCCCUUCAAGCAAUAGUGGCAGCUACACCUCUAGAAAUGGAGUUAGCUGGAGUUUAGAACGUAAUGCUCAGACUGCUGCAAAUGAAGAGCUGUUACUGCCGACACAACAGGCCUGCGGCAAGGGACCAGCGCGUAACGCUAGCAAUGCUAUUGAGUGCUGGAUACUGUUGUUUGACGAUGAAAUGAUGCGUCUACUCUUGGGCCUGGUAAACGAACACCAGCGCCAGCACCGUAGCAAAAACCGGCCUGUAGAUCUGACCGAGCUACGCGCCUGGUUAGGCUUAACCUAUCUAUGCGGUGUGUUUCGCAAUGCCCAGUACAAUGGUCCAUUGGAGGAGCUCUGGACUUUAGAGCUCGGCAAUGCCGUCUUUCGUGCUUCUAUGACCCUGGUACGCUUUGAAUUCAUAACCCAGUGCCUGAGUAAGCUUCCGGAGAAUAGUUGCAAUGUGCAGCAGCGUCUGUGGCAGAAGCUGUUGAUAAAUUGCCGCUCCUAUUAUGGUGCUAGCGGUUGGCUAUGUGUGGAUGAGCUGCCCCCCAGUCAACAUGAGGAGCACACGCAUCUAACACUCUGUUGCGACGCCAAGACUAUGUACAUGACUAAUGCGCUGGACAACAGUCGGGAAAUACCACAAACCAAAAAAUUAAUGCAUCUCAUCUGCGAUUAUAAAACUACAGGACGGAAUAUUACGCUUGGCAAGAGCUUCGCCAGCUUAAGUAUUUGUGAGCAGUUGCUGAACUGUCAGCUGAGCAGCAUUUGUACACCUCAAGCAGCGGAUUAUCCGAAAUAUAGGUCUGGUACUGGCAUGCUUCAUUGUGGAGGCAAGCGUCUAAUACAACAAUCAGACUUUACACUGCUUUCCUGUGGUUUAAGUACAGUAGCGAACUCUCUACAGAUUCAACAGCACACCAAACAAGUAUGCGCACAGUUUUAUGAUCUCUGCUACAGAUAUAGCACAGACAAGGCUUUACCACAGAGUUUGUCUAGCCGGACGAGUGCUGGACAGUUCCUUGAUCUUUUCUAUUUUAUGUUAAACGUAGCUUCGGUGAAUGCGUGGAUACUUUUACGGCUUUCAAGUAAAGGUGAUGCUAACAUGGAGCAACGAGACUUUCAGCGGCAGUUGGGACUUUUUCUUAUGCAGCAGCUGCUACAACGACGCCUCCAGCGACGUUCCACAACGCUCGCAAUACGUUUGCAAAUAUGUGAGAUUUUAGGUUUGUCCAGUCAACGUCUGCUAAGCGAGGCUUCUAGCGCGGCAAGGCUUUCCCAAAAUGUGGGCGCCACAAGCUUGAGCCAUGUUGCAUUGCCACAUAACGUGGCUUUGGGUGGACGGCGACGUUGCAGGCCCUGCACUCUCACAAAGCGAGAAUCAAAGGUUCGUUCCCGUUGCCAACAAUGCUUGGAACAUCGUUGUGUCAAUCAUCUCAUUGCACGGUGCUUUGAGUGCACAGGAAUAUCGCAACUGGAGCUGCCGAUCAAUUCUAUGAACUAGGUCCUACCGUGUAAUAAUUAAA